CUGUCACUCACUAUGUUUAAACAUUGGAAUGGUGAUUACUUUGACAAGAUUCUGCUCUGGAAGCUUGGUUUAUGCUAUCAGGUGGGGCAUCUCAUAGGUGACAUCUGUAUUCAUCUGAGGCCUGCAUUUGGCAGCUAUAUUAUGAUUAUAGAUACAAAUGGUGUUCAUGAUGUUGCUCUGAAUUUCUGUAGUUGC